CGCCGUGGAGUGGGAUAGUUCAGAAGUGUUUGCAAGCUCCGUCACUGAAAAUGUACAAGUUCCUGCUGAUUGUUGCCAUCCUGCCGGCCAUCGCCUUCGGCCAGACCCCGUUCCGUCCGUGCCGUGGUGGAGGUCCGGUUCCAGAUUCGGUUGCGAUCGAAGGAUGUGCGGCCCUUCCUUGCACGAUCGUGUCCGGCAGCCCGCUGAUUGCACGUGCGACCGGUAUUCGCUCGCCGGUGGCCACACCGACCGUUGAGGCACACAUCGUCGCCCGCGUGCUGGGACUGGAUGUUGGGUUCAGGAUUCCGGAGGAGCUACGCGACGCCUGUGCCGUGGGCAUUUCGGGAGCCUCGUGCCCGCUCGCCGCUGGCCAGCAGUUCGACUACACGCUCAACUACGCUAUGACACUGCCACUGACCGGCAUUACCGCGCAGGUCGAGGUCGGUCUUACGGCGGCUGACGGUACCAGGAUCACGUGCAUUGAGAUUGAUGCCCAAAUCGUGGCCUAAGCUUCCACUCCUUUCUUCUCCAAUUUCUCCUGAGCAAUAAAGCAAUAAAACCACAUCUAGUGAUGUGAUCGUAUGUUAAGCAACUAAA